AUGGGGCCCUGGGAUUGCUAUAGUCCUGGGGUGCAGGCUUCCCCAGGGAGGCGUUCGGGGAUGGAAGUGGAGGAGAAAAAUUCCCGUUACAUUCCGGUUCGAGACUUAAUCGCUGAGACUGCAGCUUCCCUUGACGUAUUUAAGGAGAGGCCGGUCCCGGGCGGGAAAGGGAGCGUUGUCCCUUUAAUUGUGUCCCCGGCCCCCGGGCGUCCCUGCCCACGGACGCCCACGUCAGCAGCUCCCUUUUGUUUCUGCCACAUUGGGGCUCCCGGAGCGGGCCGCCGGAACUGCCCCCGCCCCGCCCGGUCCCAACCGGACCGAGCCGGACCGAACCGGACCGAACCGGACCGAACCAUCGGCCCCACCCGCGGGGACCGCCCGGCGCCCCCUCCCCCCCCGGGCCCGACGGGGGACGCGCUGCGCCGCUUUGCCCCCGGGGACACCGGGGGACACACGCCCCGCCGGGCAACGACGGCCCGCGACACCCGCAGCGCCGCGGGCGGACGCCGCGGGAACUGCACCUCAGCCCCGCGCCCCGCCCGAGGGGCAGCGCCGCGGAAGGGCAGCGCCGCGGACGGCCGCCGCGGGAACUGCACCUCAGCCCCGCUCCAGCGCCCCGCCCCGCCCGGGGGACAGCGCCGCGGAAGGCCGCCGCGGGAACUGCACUUUAGCCCUGCGCCAGCGCCCCGCCUGAGGGGCAGCGCCGCGGACGGCCGCCGCGGGAACUGCACUUCAGCCCCGCGCUACGCCCCGCCCCGCCCCGCCCCGCCCGAAGGGCAGCGCCGCGGACGGCCGCCGCGGGAACUGCACUUCAGCCCGUCGCCAGCGCCCCGCCCCGCCCGAGGGGCAGCGCCGCGGAAGGCCGCCGCGGGAACUGCACUUCAGCCCGUCGCUAGCGCCCCGCCCCACCCGAGGGGCAGCGCCGCGGACGGCCGCCGCGGGAACUGCAACUCAGCCCCGCGCCAGCGCCCCGCCCCGCCCGAGGGGCAGCGCCGCGGACGGCCGCCGCGGGAACUGCAGUUGAGCCCGUCGCCAGCGCUCCGCCCCGCCCGAAGGGCAGCUCCGCGGAAGGCCGCCGCGGGAACUGCAACUCAGCCCCGCGCCAGCGCCCCGCCCCGCCCGAGGGGCAGCGCCGCGGAAGGCCGCCGCGGGAACUGCACCUCAGCCCAGCGCCAGCGCCCCGCCCCGCCCGAGGGGCAGCGCCGCAGAAGGCCGCCGCGGGAACUGCACGUCAGCCCCUCGCUAGCGCCCCGCCCCGCCCCUCCCGAGGGACAGCGCCGCGGAAGGCCGCCGCGGGAACUGCACCUCAGCCCCGCGCCAGCGCCCCGCCCCGCCUGGGGGACAGCGCCGCGGGCGGCCGCCGCGGGAACUGCACUUCAGCCCCUCGCUAGCGCCCCGCCCCGCCCGAGGGACAGCGCCGCGGAAGGUCGCCGCGGGAACUGCACUUCAGCCCCUCGCCAGCGCCCCGCCCCGCCUGAGGGACAGCGCCGUGGAAGGCCGCCGCGGGAACUGCACUUCAGCCCCUCGCUAGCUCCCCGCCCCUCCCGAGUGACAGCGCCGCGGACGGCCACCGCGGGAACUGCGCCUCCGCCCUUCGCCAGCGCCCCGCCGGGAAGCCAGGGGCAGCGCCGCAGCCGGCGGUCGCGGGAACUGCAUCUCCGCCCCAUGGCAGCGCCCCGCCGGGAAGCCAGAGACAGCGCCGCAAACGGCGGUCUCGGGAACUGCACCUCCGUUCCAUGGCAGCGCCGCCGCCGGCCGCCGCGGGAACUGCACCUCCGCCUCUCGGCAGCGCCCCACCGGAGAGGCUACUUUUCCUGA